ACCGUGGUAGUUCAACUCAUUCGCAACGCAAACAAAACUUGGUUCGAAACUCGGGUGCCUCAUCGAAGAAAAGUUCCGUCUUUCAUCUCGGCGCCGUCCACAGUCUUCCGCCGGAAAACUCAAGCGGAGCAAAUUACUUUAAGAAAAACGACGGUCCUAAAUUAAGAUUGACCCUUCGUUAGUUGCAGAAUUGAUCCAUGAUUUGAUCUCCAAUUAAUGGAAGACGACGUCGAGCAAGAGAUAUGGAGUUGGGGGGCAGGAACAGACGGCCAGCUGGGCACCGGACGACUCGAGGACGACAAUCUCCCUCAACUCCUCCGAAAUCCGACACUUUCCUCCGCCACCCCCAUCUCAUCCCUUUCCUGCGGUGGCGCUCAUGUUAUCGCUUUGACUGCCGGUGGUGGGGUACUUGCAUGGGGAAGAGGCAAUUCAGGGCAGUUAGGGCUAGGAGACAUGGCAAGCAGCUUACACCCUAAGCCAAUGAUGGGGUUGGGUAGCUACUUCAUAACCCAAGUUUCUGCUGGAUGGAGCCAUUCUGGUUUUGUUUCAAGUCAGCAUAUUAAUUAUUGGUUCUUCUUUAUGAAGUCUUGCAUUACAUCUUUCAGUAGAACCCUGUUUCCAUUUUUCUGGUUUUUUGUUGUAGACGAGGGAAAGCUUUAUACUUGUGGAGAUGGCUCAUUUGGGCAGUUAGGGCAUGGUGAUUACCAGUCACGUUGCUUCCCUGAUGAGGUCUUGUUUUUCUCUGAUAAACAUGUUGAUCAGAUUGCAUGUGGAAUGCGCCACUCGCUUGCAUUGGUGAAAGGUUGUUCUGGUGAUCAAGUUUAUGGAUUUGGAGCUGGGAAACGCGGUCAAUUGGGUAUCUCCAAGAAGAUUCAGACUAUUAAUCUUCCCAUACUUUCUUCCGAUUUGGAAGCUGCUGAAAUAGUUGGCAUAGCUGCUGGUGGUGAUCACAGUGCUGCUCUAUCCUCUGAUGGGCAUCUCUACAUUUGGGGAAGGGGAUUCAAAAGCAAUUCAGAUGCAUAUUCUCCUCAACAUCUACCUUCACCUUUGUCGUUCAGUAAAGUUGCUCUUGGAUGGAAUCAUGCACUAGUUUUAACUUAUGAAGGGGAACUUUAUAUGCUUGGCGGCAAACAUCAUGGAGCGCUGAGUGGUUCUGAAAUGCUAAAUGCAAUGAAGUCUCUGCCUGGUGAUUCCGAGGAAGAUAAUUUCCAACCAAUCCCGCCUCUUAGUGGAAUAAAAGUUUUGGAUAUUGCGGCCGGGGCUGAGCAUUCUGCAAUCGUUACAGAGGAUGGUGCUGUAAAGACUUGGGGUUGGGGGGAGCAUGGUCAGCUGGGUUUGGGAGAUACAUGUGACCACACCAAUCCACAAACGGUGAAUUUAAACCUCAAACAGAAGAGUACUGCUUUAGACAUCAAAGUCUAUUGUGGCAGUGGCUUUACAGUUGCUGUUGCAACAUCCCAUGCUGCUUCAAAUCUCCCCAAUUGAAACUGCAUUGCUUUUUGGAGACAACUCCAGUGAGCUGCCUGGCAGCUGAUCUGCCACUAGAUGAUUUUUAGCUUUUGAUAUGUAAAGUAUGAGGAAAAAAGGGACGAGGAUCAAAAGCAAUACUACAAAAUUUUAUUGAGCUAA